AUGCCCCCGUACGUCGAAAUCUGUAGAAAUCCAUUCGGACAUAGCGCCAGACAGAUUUUCGACGUUCCGUUCCAGCAAUUAGGACUCAAAAUCGCGCGGUGCGCCCGCGUCGACAUCGGUUCGGAAAUGGCGGCGGAGAGAAAUCAGAUUGCAGCGUUAAAAAACGCUCGCAAUUACCGCUCGCCUUAUCUGGAUUCCCGAACUGUCUGCUCCGCGAUCCCG